AUCACUCAAAUAUUCCAAACUGCAUCGCUUUUCACUCGGGACUAAGAGGUCUGCCUCUGCGCAACCUGCGCCGCCGCCUAGCGUACAAGGCUCGCCGCAGGAUAUGGCAUUCAGCCUUCAGCAGCAUCAACAGCAGCAGGAUAUUGUCAGUGGAGAACAAUAUCGCUAUGCACUGACCAAUUUCCGGAUAGCUCACGAGAAGGUAGAGCAACAACGGCAACAACUCGAGGAGCAGGAAAAGCAGGUCGCACAGCUGAGAGCUCGGAUCUCCACCCUCGAAGGGACGGCGUCUUUGCAGGCUGCUGCACAAGCAGCAAAUGGUCGGCAAGGUGGAAGUACAGUGGAUGAUUUCUCUAUCAAGAACGCAGCUUCGUUGCUCGAGCGUCAGAUCAACCGUUGGGCCACAGACAUUAUUCGGUCCCCUCCUGCGAAUCUUCUUCACGUCUAUCGGGCAACACUUUCGGAUAUAUUGGGAGGCGACUACGAGUCAAUGGACGAUGCAAGACCAAUGGUCGUACAGAACCUUUUGCGACAUGUCAUGUCAGAGGCGAUAUCGGAGGCCAUCAUCAAUGUCUUGAUCGUAACCAGCUCGAGCGAAGCAAAUAUCCAGCUGACGCGUAUACAUGAACACAUCUUCGCUCGUGAUCCUACUGUGGCCUCUGUAUGGCGCCGGCAGACGUUCAGCGCGGCCGUCGACUCAGUCUCACCAUCCAUGUCUCAAGCCAUCCUCGAAGAACAGAUGGGCUCAUUCCUCGAUAUCCUCAACCCUCCUUCCGAUCAAAAUAUUCCUAUAGCCCCUCCGCCAUGUUACACCGCCGCGUGCAAAGUCCUCGAGGCUGCGUAUGAUUUCUCCCGCAUGCUUCACGGGUCACCCACGACCGCUGGAGCUAUGAUCGAUGCCUUUUACCGAUCUUUCGUCCCAGAGCUCGGGAGUACGCUGUAUCCGAGGCAGGUGGAGUUGGUGAAGAGGUGUGUGAAGAGCGAGAGAGGUGAACUAGACAAAGUUGGAGCUACGAUAUUUCCUGGGCUGGUUAAAGUUACUCGAGCCCCGGGAGGCGGAGAGAACGUUCAGACAGUCGUACGGAGGGCGCAGGUGAUUUGUGAGUGCGCUCUGGCGGCUCCAAAUGUGACUUCACCAUGAUAAUAUCCUAUGAGGGUAAAGUUCGGGUUAUGGGCAUUAUUUCGUCUCUUUCAUCUUGCUUGCAGUACUCUUGUACCGUUCCUUUGAUACCUCUUUUUGGGUUACUUCCACAGUGCUUACCCACGCUUGGAAUGUCGAUAAUUUAUUGCGGUCUGCGAACUGUGGUGCAAUCUAUAUAUUUUUGAAAAGG